AUGAAGCUCUUGGUUUUCGCAUUUGUGGCUGCUGCGUCUGCUGCCCCUCAGGGGUACAACCUGCCCACGCCCUCUGGCCCAUCUUUUGACUCUGGCAGUUGUGGCGAUGGACAAGUGCGGCACGUGGACGGGAGCUGCGUUACGCCUCAGGUGAACAGCCGUGUGUUCCUGUACGAUGUACCUGCAAACGAAGGUGUUGUCAAUCGGCCAGACUACAUUCCAGAACCUAAAGUGGAACGGAAUAUUAUUUUUGUGAGAAUUCCUGACGGCGCACAAGGACCAGAACCCAUCGUCGUACCACCGCCACAGCAGCAACAUGUGGUGUAUGUCCUGAACAAGCAGUCUGAUCAAGACCAGCGAGUGAUCGAGGUUCCUGCACCACCGCCAUCCAAACCCGAAGUGUUCUUCGUGAACUACGCAGAAGGAGAGAACCCGACUCUUCCCAGCGGAGUAGACCUCCAGACGGCGUUGAGCGCAGCUUCCCAGGGUGGCGGUCAAGUUAUUGGAGGCAGUGGCAUUGCAGGAGGAAUUGGAGGUGGUAUCGGAGGAGGAAUCGGCGGUGGAAUUGGAGGAGGAAUUGGUGGUGGAGUUGGAGGCGGUAUUGGAGGUGGAGUUGGAGGUGGAGUUGGAGGUGGAAUCGGUGGUGGCAUUGGGGAUGGAAACUACGCUCCUCCGACAAGCAAUUACUCUCCUCCAUCCAACCUCUACAACACACCAUGA